AUGCAGCAAUAUAUUGCGAUCUUGACAGCAGUUCUGUUUGGCGCUAUCGCCGCAACUGCUCCUAAUACCAUCUGUCCUAACAAUCAAGCGAUAUCCGAUACAAUCAGGAAUGUGUUCUUGAAACGACAUAAUCAAAUAAGAAGUCGAGUUGCUCAGGGAACAUUCGCCUUGAAAAAUGGCGUAUACGCUCGCCGAGCAUCCAAAAUGAUAAAACUGAACUACAAUUGCGACGCGGAGAAGAGUGCGAAUGAUUGGGCUCAAAAAUGCAAAGAUGAUAUUUCUUGGACCAAUAAAUACGAUGAAGUUCGAUACGCCUAUAAAGGCCCUAAAACUGACCUGGAAGCUAUCACAAGAGCUACCAUUAAAAUAUGGAGGAGCGAAGCUGGAACCGGCAGCUUCCUUCAAGGACCGAACGACAAGAACGUUUACGGACCAUAUCUAGGAAUACCAAAUCUGGCGAAGAUCCUUUGGGACGAACAUAAGGAAAUUGGUUGCUCGGUGGUAAAAUGCUCGAAUUUUACGAAUGUAGUUUGUCACUAUGCUCCGAAAUUGUUCACGACGGGUGGGCAAAUCUAUAAGAUGGGCGAACCGUGCAAGCGUUGCAGUGGAAACGCAAUCAGUGGAGAGGGCACCACAGAACGGUUCAGCGUAUAUGAGGAAGAUUUCGAGGAUAUCACUAUCGAGCAACAUCCCGAAUGGUGUUUUCCUAGUCAAACUCUAUAG